AUGCCGCUCCGGAGCACGGCAGGAGACGCCGAGUGUCAGGCGCCGCCGCCACCGCCGCCGCCGCCGCCAGGAGUGUUUUGGAAAUCAAGGCAAUUGUACACAAGAAAACUGACAUAUGAUUCAGAUGAGGGAGUCCCACUUACAUGGAGAAGAAAGCAUUUUAAAAGGAAAAAGAAGAGACCAUCAAAAGACUCUGAAAAACACGAAGUGCAGGUCUACAAUGAGAUGAUCACAUUUCCCUGUUCCAUAUGCAAGCAUGAAAUUGACCUACCUGGAAUAUUCCUCCAUAAAAAGCAGCAUGUAGCUCUGGCUACAUUGGGCUUUCAGUGGAUGGGUGGGAAGACACCAGGGCUCUCAGCGAUUGCUGAUCAGAGGCAGUCCAUCAUUGCUAAACUAUUGUCAUCUUUUGCAUUUACUGAAAAAAUCUUACAGAGCAUUAAUAAUGCUUUUGAGCUCCUUUGGAAGAAACAAAUACCAGCGUACUAUAAGAUUAUUGAUAACAUUCACAACAGUUCAAUAUAUCCUCAAAAAAUCUGUCACCUAUUAAUUAAAGGAACAGCCAUUUGCGAAGACAGGAAUUCUACAUGGAGAGCUGACAUGAAUGAUCAAUUCACUGUCGUGAAUAAUUUUGGCAACAAACCCAACGUGUGUUUUUUUGGUUUGUUUGAUGGACAUCACGGUGCCUCGGCAGCAGACUUGACAUCAAUGGAACUCCCAGUUUUACUUCUCCACCAACUUUCCAGACUUGAUCCUUCCUACCAAAUGACCCCUGAAGAGCAAAAAGUAAUCAAUUCUUUUCACACAGUGUUUAGAGAAGACUACAGAGCUAUAGAAGACUCCUUCUCCUCCAUAAAGAAAGAGACAAAAGCAUUGAAAAGUGAGUAUGAGAACAUACACAAAGCCUUUGCAAAAGCAUUUUGGAGAAUGGACAGGCUUUUACGUCUUGGAAGGAAGGAAGUGUCCAGGGCUCGAUGGAGCGGCUGUUCUGCGGUUACUUGCAUAUUGGAAGGCAACAUUAAAAGUCCCAAAGCUAAGAAGUCUUGGAGAAGAUUCAGUGACCUUGAUGCUUUGGUCCCUUUCCAGGGGAUGCCGAAAAUAAUUUCUGGAGUGCUACAUAUUGCAAACACUGGUAAUGUGCAAGCAGUCUUAUGCAGAAGUGGGAAAGGCUUCUGCCUAACCAAAGAACACACUACACGAAACACAGAUGAAAGAAGAAGAGUACUUCAGAACGGAGCAAUAAUUAGUUCACAUGAACCAUACGGGCUCCUACAAGGGCAAAUAAAAACCACACGAGGACUUGGAUUUCAUGGAGAUCUCCAACUGAAAAAAUUCAUUAUUCCAGCGCCUCAAACUAUUUCUGUGCCUAUAGAUGACUUAUGUCAAUUCCUUAUCUUAGCUACUAAUGGACUCUGGGAAGUUCUGGAUACAAAGGAAGUCACUGCACUGACAAUGACAGCUUUUCAAGUAUAUAAAGAAGCACAGUGUUCUAUCACAGGAGACAAACUGUCACCAUCCAAAGGGUCUCUGCUUUUCCCAAUCGAUGAACGAAACACAUCUAAACCAGAAACUAACAUCCACAUAGUGUUUCAGUGCAAAUCUGAAGAACGUGCGUCAACUAUAAAUUCAAAAGAAAAUUUGUCAGAUUCAAAAUAUUCUAUUCGUAACCUUAAAAAUAUAGGAACAUUUCCACCAAAAAUGACUAAGCGUGAUCCUUGCAGUGAGAAAGAAACUGAGGGACCGACCAGUGUAGAUGGUGUGCCAAAAGACUCAAGUGAAAAAGACAAAGGAUCAUGCACUAAGAGUUUCUAUGGAGGUGCUGCUGAGUAUAUCAGCCAUGAACUUGUAAGUGCUGCUUUGGCGGCUGGCUCCAGAGACAACAUUACAGUCAUGGUCACGCUUUUCAAUGGAAGUGAGUAUCUCCAGAGAGCAAAAACAUGACGACAAUUCUUCAGUGAACCAGAUGCUAGGAUAACAUAUCAACACCACACAAAUCAUUUUUAAGAAUGUAGUAAAGGAAAUAUAAAAGCAGAUUGUGGGUUAUACAGUACCAUUUAUAUAUGUUCACUGUUUCAUGCCAAAAAAGAGAAAAACCAGUACCUGCUUUUUAUACCACUUUAUUCCAACCUGAGCACCUCAAUAUAAAACUAAACACUGGUGAACUGUUUUCCUUACUAAUUUUGAAUUACUGUAAAUGUACAAGUUCUGCUAGCAGUUCAACAUUUAAAUAGAUUAAAUCAUCUCUGACACAUGGUAGAUUUCAUAUAAUGAAAAUACCUAAAACAAUUAGUGCAAUAUACUGAACUGAUCAAAAUAAAAUGAACUUUGGAAAACAAGGCUGCAAGAUUGUUACUAACAUAUCCAAUACUUAUGUUACAAAUUACUGGUACAUUGUUUAUUAUGGUUCUAGCCAGGUAGGAACAAUUCAAGCCCCUUCCUUUCAAAGGGGGAGAGAAGGAAAAAAUUAGCUGUUUUAGUAACUGUACAUUUUGUAUACUUUUAAGCAACUCUUAAAUAUUACAGAGAAGUAAUAAACAUAUAUGGAGACUACAAUGCAGUACCCUAUUUACAGUACAGCUGAAGAUCGAAUUUGAAAUAAUCAAGUUUGAAUGUACAUAAUUGUUAGUGCAUUGACUAUUUCUAUGUCCAAGGGGCACAAAAGCCCCUCCCUACUCCCAAACAACAAAAGCUAUGUAAUGGCCAGCAGCGAUUAAACAGAAAUCACAGACACCUGGUUUGUUUCAUUUUUGUUGAAGAACUUACAUGUUUGAAGGGAACACUAUUCUUUAAGAUGCAUUUUAUCAGUUUUCAUAUUCCUAAAAUAAGACAGGGUUACAUAUGAUUUUUUUUUUUUUUACCCCAUU